UUAGUUUCAUGAUGGUACAUCAGUACCUGACUGGGGCUACAAGCCCCUUCCAGCUACUCUCUGAGCAUGAUCUGCUCUGCUUUGGUUUGGAUAAGCUUGCAAGGAUUUGUCAGCCAGAUGUGACAAGAUUGUCAAGAGGCAAGCAAAGAGGGAGAUCUGAUAUUAAUCAGCGCAUAGCUCGAAGCCAAACUUUCUCAGAUGCAGUGUACUAACAUGUUCUUCUCAUUUACUGCUUUUCUUUGUGGCCACAAAGCUGCCACUGUCUUGCUGUAGACCGCUGGACUAGAAGCCCGAACAAAAAAACAAAACAAAACAAAAAAAACAAAACGUUUUUCUUUUUACUUGUCUAGAGCGAAUUAUUAUCUCAUGGCGAAUCAGGCUAUCUGCUGCACCCUGCUAAACUGUAACUGUGAGUGCUUUAAACCAGGAAAGAUUAAAAUAAGACAAUGUGAACACUGCCGGCAUGGAUGGGUAGAGCACGCUUUAAGCAAGCUUAAAGUGCAUCACCUGUAUCAAGGCAGUCAGGUGGAGAUAGUCCAGUCGAACGUGGUCUUCGAUAUCAGCAGUCUGAUGCUGUACGGAACCCAAGCUAUUCCAGUCCGACUUAAAAUUCUCCUUGACCGCCUCUUCAGUGUAUUGAAACAGGAGGAGGUCAUCCAGAUCCUCAAUGCUUUGGAUUGGACCUUACAGGAUUACAUUCGUGGAUAUGUCCUUCAGGAUGCCACAGGAAAAGUACUGGAUCGCUGGGCCAUUAUGACCUAUGAAGAGGAGAUUGCUACAUUGCAACAAUUUCUUCGUUUUGGAGAGACCAAGUCAAUAGUGGAGCUCAUGGUCAUCCAAGAUAAGGAAGGACAAGCAGUAGCUGUGUCAAACUCCAGAACUGAUUCAGACAUUCGGGCAUUUAUAGAAAGCAAUUCCCACAGAAGCCCUAGCCUUUCUGCUAACAUUGAAAAAGUCACCUCCAGCAACGUUCACCACUUUGAAAACUUUAUAAACAGUAUGGCCUUCAUGCUGCCGUUUCAGUUUCUCAGCCCUGUCCCAGCAGCACCUGUGAUCGGCUCCUUGACAGAUACUUUCCUUCUUGAGCAGGGUCAGAGACAAAGCCACAAAACCAAGCAAGAGGUUCAGAUUCCUGCGACUGAGAGCAGCCUCUUGGGUUCCAGUUCUGCUUCGGUUGCAUCAGACAAUGAAAGAAACUGGAACUCCCUGCAAGAAACUGCCACCAAAGUGGAAGCAGAGGAAUUCCCUGGCAGCGAUGAGUAUUCCGACGCUCCUUCAACUCCGUGCAAUGCUUCUGUUAGUUCCGAGGUGGCGCAGAUGUCCCCGGAGACCAGCAUGCGAUCUCCUGACAAACACAACGGCAGCGGGCCAAGGAAGGGACGGGUUUACUGCAGCGCCUGUGAAAAGACCUUCUACGAUAAAGGAACACUCAAGAUCCACUAUAACGCUGUUCACCUCAAGAUCAAACACAAGUGCACAAUACAGGGCUGCAACAUGGUGUUCAGCUCCCUGCGUAGCCGCAACCGCCACAGUGCCAAUCCCAACCCCAGACUCCACAUGCCGAUGAAUAGAAACCACCGGGACAAAGACAUGAGAGGCCAUUCAUCUGCAGACGUCACACCUGAGGUUGAAAAGAAGCUUGAUUUCAGUGCCAGUGUGCCGACAGACGGCAGGUCUGUUUCUAGCUAUAUACAAAGCAGCUUCCCCAACGUUGGGCAGAGUGGGAUACUGUUUCCAAACCUGAAGACUGUCCAGCCUGUGCUGCCUUUUUAUCGGAGUCUAGUCACUCCAGGCGAGCUUGCUAACACCCCAGAUACCCUGCCUUCAUUACCUCUGAUUUCUUCAUCUCUUCCAGAGCAGCCUGUGGCAGAACUGUCCUCUGAUCCCAUACCAAAGAAAAAAUCUCGCAAAUCCAGCAUGCCCAUUAAGAUAGAGAAAGAAGCUGUUGAGAGUGUCAGCGAGCUCGCUGAAGACGAUAGCUCGGGAGACGACGUUCCCCUGCAGAUAAGAGGGAAAGGUGAAUCUGCAAGCGAAAGGUUUGAGAAACAAACUCCCCACCAAGGGGACAGCAGUGUCAUUCAGUCAACAGACCGAGACAUUUCUACAGCUUCACUCCACAGCCAUGUAGACCCCAAAUCAAAUCAAGAUUCUAAUAUCGCUGAAGAGAGAGAAGAUCAAUUGUACCACUUGGGAAAUGGUGUUAAAUGUGCGCUGGAAGGAAGUGUAAUCUCACUUACCCCUGAAAAAAACCAAAAAGAAAAUAACGAUCUUCUUAAACCAGUACACAUGUCCAAUGUGGAAAGCUGUGCUAAAAAGGAGCCAGAAAUUCAUCCAUGUGACGUCGAUUAUGUGGAAAAUGAGCAUAGAGUACAAAACGGGGAGUUCUUCCAAAUUUUAACUGCUAAUAAAGAAACGGCAGUAAAUUCUGCAGACUCCGUACUCAUGCCUUGCACAGCACCGCAUAUGAUUUGCUCAAACAAAGAAGAAGCCCCUCAUCACUGUGAGAUCUGCAAUAAGACAUUCAAAAACCCCUACAGUGUGAAAAUGCAUUACCGAAAUGUGCAUCUGAAAGAAAUGCACAUAUGCACUGUCGAGGGCUGCAAUGCAGCCUUUCCCUCCAGGAGAAGCAGAGACAGGCACAGUGCCAACAUGAAUCUGCACCACAAGCUGUUGACCAAAGACCAAUACGGAACCCCAAGCUCACUCUUCCCCACCCCGGCUCCCUGCAGAGACCUAGCUAAAGAUUUCCGCCCGGACAUCCUUUUAAAGGAACACGUUGCACAGACUUCCGUGAUCUUUAAAGGAGCGAACAGGAUGGGUCUGGUUUUUCCAAUGAGUAAGAGCAUGGAGAGCUGCUUUGCCCCCCUGGGAGGGAGCCCCAUGGAGGAGGGGGCCGUGCUGGAUCUGAGCACCACUUCCAUCCUCAAAUCUGGAAGCAGCACCCACUCCUCCUGGGACUCUGACGGGGGGAGCGAGGACGGCAUCCCCGUGGAGGACAGUGAUGAAAGCUACGAAGGGUUAAGUCUGACGCCCAAAGAGGAACUGCAUCAAAACCUGGCUUUGAUUGAGAAAGCCAGUGGCUGCUUUACACACCACUUGCCAGCUGGCUCACCAAUAACUUGCCAUAUCUGCCAGAAGGUAUACAGCAACAAAGGAACAUUCAGGGCUCACUACAAAACUGUGCACCUCCGUCAGCUGCACAAGUGUAAAGUUCCCGACUGCAACACUAUGUUCUCAUCGGUACGAAGUCGAAACAGACACAGCCAGAACCCUAAUUUACAUAGGAACAUGAGUAGCGGCACAAGCAAUGAUCAGCUGUAAGCAUGUGGAAUGUGUAUUUAAAAUGCCCCAUCAAAAAUCUGGAUUCAAGUAUUUUAAGCUAAAAUAAGACACACUAGUUAUUAUUAUUGUUAUUAUUAUAUAUUUUUGUUAUUUAUUCAUGCAAACCGCUAAUAAAAUGUUCAGUAAUGUGGGGUCAAUUUCAGUCCUGGUAACGGCAGAGCCAUUAUACCUAGUGGGCAGGUGCUAUGAUUAUUUGGGAUUAGAUGUUUAUCUUGAUUAGAAUAUAGAUAAGUGCUGUAUAUUAUGGUGCUUGCACAACCACUUUUCUGUUUUAGUUUCUCCUGAAUUCUUUUUUUUUUUUUUUUUUACGCAUUCUGACACAACUUUAACCGAGUCAUUGCAGAGUAGGGAACCAUGAAAAAUGCACUUUGUUAAAUUCAGCUGGUUAUGACACAAAAAAGAAAAAUAAGAGACUGAAGUUUAUACUGUGUAUCCUACUCCUAUAGGCUACGACUGUACCAUUUUAUAUAGAGAGAAGGAAUAAAAGCUAAACAGUGACACCCUUAUAAAAGUAUACCAUAGUAAAAGCAGAGCAAAGUGUAAUAAAGCAUAGUGAAAGCAUGCUAAAGCAUAGGUAAGCAUUGUAAAGAACAGUGAGAUAUGGUAAAGCAUAUUAAUAAACAUGGCAAACUAGGUUAAAUCAUGGUGAAUACCAUGGGAACAGUGUGAUAAAACUGCCACAAAACCAUGCAAAACUACCAUGGUAAGCUUUUAUAAGGGCAGACAGACCUGUACUGUACACCAAUGUCCAUCACAUGCAACAGAAGGCCUGUACUUGCCACUCUAAUAUAAAAAAAGUGAAAAGAAAGAAAAAACAACAUGACCUUAAUCCCUGAAAUGACCCGUGUCCUUCACCCAUUGCCAUCUUCAUUUGGCAAAAUAAGAAAGAAGAUCCUUUUCAUGCAAAGAACUGAAAAUCUUAGCUUUGUAUCUGAGAUCUCACUCCCCCAGGUCUCCUUUCUAAGCGCUUAUUUUAUUAUCAAGACUUUGCUUGCAUUACGCUGGGUGCAAAGUUUCGUUCAUCACAAAGCAUAUCAAGGUACCAUAUAUGGCAUCCAAAAGCUUUACCUGCAAUUUCUUCUAUUGCUACGCUUGUUAAUAUGAAUUGUGCCAAACAGGGUGCUUUACCUGUGUCUGUUUAUGUGUUUAGUUUAGCAAACAGAAGUGUAGAGUUUUCUGUGUAUCGUUUUGUUUUUCAGUAAUAUGCUGUAGUCUCUGUGCAGUUGUAAAUUUUAGGUCUGUUGAGUGGCAUUUUUGCAUCUUGAUCGUAGGAGACACUUGUUUAUAGAAAAUUGUGUAGCAUUCUUGACGGAUAAGUUAUUGUUUUGAUAUCGUCGGUAAUCAUUCUUCUGUUAUGGUACGAAAGAGGCUAAAGUUGACCAAAGAUUUCUAUUACUUUUAUGAAACCAUUAAAAGCUCUAUGCGUGAGGAAAGCAGUAUUAAAUUGCCCUGAUGAGAUAUUUCAAACAUUUCAAAUUGUAUCCAUGGCGAUAGGAAAGCCAAUGUUUGGAAGCCAUGUCACAAAAUGUGGCUACAAUUAACUUGUCAGUCAAGACAAGAACAGGGUACUUCAGUGUUCAUCAAAAUGUAUAUUUUAUGACUAGGGGAUCAAUCACGUUUCUCUGAAAGAAACCAAAUAAUCUUGUAUUACAUUCUUUUUUAUAUAAUCAUCUAAUUGAUAUGUGAUUAAAUGUCUCAGCUACACAAGUCUUGUGGUACAGGGAAGUGUACUAGUCUCUGUUUCAAAGGCUGUCCAAAAAUAUAUAUUUCUCAGAUUGAUAUUUUAUCUUUUAAAGUCGUUUUCUAAAUUUGUAAUGUGACACGUUGCUUUUUGCAUCAUUUCAAUUUCUCUUUUUUUUAUGAUUGUCAAAUUGAAGAUUUUGUAGUAAAACAAAAAGAAAUGAAAAGCAAAGAAACUGGCAGAUGUCAACCCAUUUUCUAAAUAUUGGUGUAGCAGUAUUCAUCCCUUUUCAUUUAAAAAGCCAUAUUUGGUUUGCAUGCUUUUGCUGCUUUCAAUAUUUGUUGUUUUAUACACAAAGGGCACAUUGUGUGGAAGAAAGCUGAUUUAUACAACAUGACAGAACAUAGAGACAAAAUAAAUGGCUGUAAUAAAAGUGUUUAAUACGA